AUUUCCUUUAACACGUUUGUCUGCUUGGGGGCGUGGCUGGCGCGGCGCGAGUUGUGUUGAUAAUGGCGGACGGCAUGGACGGCUCGGCUACCUCGGCAAAGCGUGUGGCAAUGCUUCUGCUACUCGAUAGCGACAGCUCUGAGUCGGAAAGCUCAAGUACCGACACGAGUGAUUCGUCGGACAGUGACAGCGACGCUAAACCUUGCGCUUACGAGUGGGAAUUCAACAAGUUGUUCCGCAUUCCCGCGAAGAGGCCCAAAGUCGUCGGUUUCAUCGAGGACGUCGUUCGGCAGUACUCGGACCACGAGUUCCGGAGGCACUUUAGGCUGGCUCGACCUGUGGCCGAAAAGUUGGUCGCGGAGUUCGCUGUCUCGUCAAUGUGCCCUUCGAGCACACACGGAGAAGUUCAAGCGAAAUCCGCGGAAACGCAUGUCUUGACAUUUAUCUGGUACGAGGCCAACAAAACCUGCAUGCGAGACGUGGCAAGCCGUUUCGACAUGUCAGAAAGCAUCGUGUACAGAGUUCUUCAGAGAGUAGCGCAGUUCCUGAUGACGCUGGUACCAUCGGUGAUCAAGUUUUCCGCAGACUUGGAGAACCUCACUAGCAGUUUUGAGAAGGUGUCUGGAAUGCCUGCUGUUAUUGGCUGUAUAGAUGGAUCGUAUGUCAAGAUACAGUGCCCCGCCAACAAGGUUGCCUCCACAUACUGAAACAGGCACCAUUACCUUUCACUAACGCUGCAAGCCGUCUGUGACCACAAGAGGCGCUUCCUCGAUGCGUUCACUGAAACCUCCAGCAAAAUGCACGAUUCUCAUGUGUUUAGCUUAUCGCCUCUUUCAAAGAACAUAGCUUCAGUAUGUCAGGGCCGUUAUCAUAUAUUAGGGGACGCAGCAUAUCCGCUGCGGGAGUACCUGUU